AUGCCAUCAGAUAUUGAACAGGAAGAAGCUAAUGAAGUGGAUAGUAAUCUCCCGAAUACUGACACUGUCAAGAAGGAUGGGGCGAAAGAAUUUUGGGGUAGAUCGGAGGAUGACCCUGCAAAGGAUGAAUACUGGCUUAAAACUAUUCAACAGGUUUUUAAUGAAAUAGUCUGUCCCCUUGAGGAUUAUCUCAAGUGUGUUGUAUCACUAUUGAGAGAAGAAGCUUACAAUUUGUGGGCGACAAUAACUGUAGUAGUCCCGAAAAAUGAUGUUCACUGGGAAUUCUUCAAUUCAGAAUUUAUGAAGAAAUACAUUAGCAAGAGGUACCUGGACAAGAAAAAGAAAGAGUUUCUGGAACUGAAUCAGGGAAAUAAAUCAGUGCCUAAGUAUGAGAGAGAGUUCACAUAUCUCAGCAAGUAUGCUCGGGAGAUUGUGUCGACGGAGGAGGAAAUGUGUACCCAUUUUGAAGACAGAUUAAAUGAUGAGAUCAAAAUGAUGAUAGGUUGUGGUAUUGUCCGAUCGAGCUUAGAAGAUGGAGGAAACUUUUAA